AUGCGGCGCUCCAGUCCGAUUCGGGCGGCGGUGAGCCGCCGCCAGGAAAUGACGCGUGAGCGCGUGCAGUGCGCGCUGGCACUCGCAUGGUCCCUCGCCGUUCUUGCCACAUCAUCUGUUAAUGCACAGCCGCUCCAGGCUACGCAAGCACCAACUCCCGGAUUUCCUUCUCGUCCCCACUCCUCCAACAACUACCCCUCCUCCCUCCACCAACCUGCAGCGCGAUUCCUGCAGGACUGCCAGACGGCAUGGGGGCAGACCUUUCCUGGAUGGAGUGGCGCAACGCCUGAGUGCAGCACUGCUAACGGCAUUACAUGCGACUGGAGCGGGAUGAUCCUGGAGAUCUGCAAAACUCCUCAACCAGGAACGAACAUGGCACAAAAGCCCUUCCCUUCCGUCUGCCCACUGGUUGGCAACCAGUCCUCUCCAGAUUUACCCCUACCACCCCCCCCUCCCCCUCCCUCCCUCCCCCCCUCUCCCCCCCUCCUCCCCCUCUCCCCCCCCCCUCCCCCCCCUCUCCCCACCCCCCUUUCCCACCCCCCUCCCAAUCCCCCCAAUCCUUCCCCCCCCUUCCCCCCCCUCCCCUCCCCCUCUCCCCCCCCCCCUCUCCUCCACUCCUCCCUCCUCCCCUCCCCCCCUCUCCUCCCCACCUCCUCCCGCCCCCCCUCGCCUCCCCCCCAUCCUCCCCCCCCUCUCCCCCAACCCCCCCCUCCCCUCCCUCUCUCCCCUCUCUUCGUUUAA